UCUGCGGGCGAGUUUCGGAAAGUCUUCGCGCAUGCGCAGUGGCAUUCCUGUGCCCACAGCAUCCCGCCGUGAGGGUCGCGCGCCCGUUUUUUCCCCGCCGGCGGUGCUGAGCUGUGAUAGCGGCGAUUUGGCGCCACUGAGCGAAGAGGUAUUUCGCGGCCUCGCGCUUUGCUGACGCUUCAGCCUCCUCCUGGGAGCCGCUGUCAUGAGCCACCUGACGGUGCAGACCCUCCGCCAGGUGAUGAAAGCCGUCCUGGACUCGCCGGGUUUUGAUCGGGUGUUAAACAAGAUGACUGUUCUUUCGGCCAGCCCUGGGAAAGUUGUUUGUGAAAUGAAAGUGGAAGAAGAGCACACCAACCGAGGAGGGACUCUGCACGGAGGGUUGACAGCGACUCUUGUGGAUGUCGUGUCAACGGCUGCUCUGAUGUAUACUGAAAGACAAGCACCUGGAGUCAGUGUGGAUAUGAAUAUUAGCUAUAUGUCAGCAGCGAAGAUUGGAGAUGAAAUCCUGAUCACUGCCGAGGUUCUGAAGCAAGGGAAAAGCUUGGCAUUUGCCAGUGUGGAUUUAACAAGCAAGGCAACUGGAAAGUUGAUAGCCCAAGGAAGACAUACGAAAUUCCUGGGGAACUAAUAGAAGGAUGCUUUGAGAAAAAGUUGACAUGAAUUUGAAUCUUAAAGCACUUCAGGACAGAAGAAAAGUCAAUACCAAAGAGAUGAAUGUGUUCCUGUCAGGCCUGGAGACAAUCUCCGCUGCUGAAAUGGUGGACUGUUUAUGGGAGAGGUGUUCUUGUAAUUGCUUCUGGUGACAUUGUGUGCAUAUCCUUCUUCACAGAGAUUUUUGUACUCUGAAACUAGUAUUUGAAAGAAACCAUAAACUCCUUCCUCUAACCUGAAGCUUCCUGAAUAGUAUUGUUUCAGAGUCUAACCAUGUUGGGGGUGGUUACAAAAAUAUGAAGAUAAGUUUGUGGAUAGUGGAUUGAAUAGGGCACUCCUGGGUUGCGUAGGGCACUCCUGGACUGUCCAUUGUUUUAUUAUUAUUUAUUUAUUAUUAGAUUUUUAUAACUGCCCACCCCCGGAGGGUUUUGUACGCACAUAGGGGGGGCUUACUCAAAGAUGCAAGGGCUCAGAGACUAAGUGUCCUAACUCUAAAUCCUCAUCAGAAGCCUUCCAAUAGCUACCAGCAAGUUGCAUUCCCUGUCUACCUUGCUGUCUGAAGAGCUUCCUGCAUCAGUGCACCUUCCUCAUUGGUGCUGUGAUGUCACUUCCAGCCUACUCCCUUUUAUAUCCAGUGUUGCCAGAAGUCUUGCAGAAAAAGAAUGCAUCACAGGUGUUGAAUCCAAAGCAUGACUUUUUCUGAAGGAAGUUCAGUGUGGAAAGAAAACAAGCUAAUGUUCAAUAAAUUGUGGUUUGAUAAAA